AUGACACGCAAAAUCUUGGACGCCGUUUCUGUACAGUUGGUUGAAUCGGAUCGCGAAAGAAUUUUGGCCGAAAUUAAUGAUGAAUAUCGACAAACGUUUGUGUCGGCCGUCGGCGGCUUUGGAUUGCAUAUCGAUAUCAGAGAGAUCAGCGGCGGCGCCAAAAUCAAUGUAAUUAUGAACAAAACCUACGGCCAGGACGUGGACAGUGUGUGCAACGAUGAAACUCAGAUCCGACGGGACAUAACCGCUGCCAUACAGAACUAUAACGGCGUCUAUUUGGGUAUCUUUCCUCCGGAUGCCGCCUUCAGGCACUGUGUUUUGCAACAAAUCGAGCUGUUCCGGCGACCAUCGCUCGCUUGUGUCGAUUCGGUGGCGCUGGAGAUCGCAAAUACUGUCAAACAUUGUGUCAAUUCACUGGAAACCUAUCCGACAAUUAAUGAAAUUUACGCCAAACUGAGUCUGGAUUAUAUACAAAAGUGUCGGAAAAAAUGCAAAAAAUAUGUCGAACACUUCAUACUAACGGAAAGGGCUUAUCUGAACACCAAUCACGAGGACUUUGUCAAAAUGGACAGCACCGACACUUUAUUAGUCAAAACAACUAUUAGUAGUAGUGGUAGUAGUAGUACACCAACUGCUGCAGUCAUCCCGCAGAUCAUUGAUCGUCCGAUAGCUGCCUCACGUGUUGGUGCCGGCGCCGGUAGUCUUAACACCUCUACUCGGAAAACAGCCAGCACCUGCUAUGACGAAUCGUUUACAUUAUUACCAGAAGAAUCGGAUCUAUUGACACCAUCGAUCAUCAUCGGCACCAAUAUGUCACAUGUGGAUCAAAUCAACAUAUUUGUCGAAUCGUAUAUUUCGAUAUUGAAAAAAAAGUUUAAAGAUCAUAUUCCCAAACUUUGUACACUAGAGCUGAUCGAUUCGGUAAAAAAGUUUAUAGCCGUCAAACUGGGGAUUGAGAUCAGAGAUCGGAUCCAAUCGAUUGGCGAUAUUGUCGGUGACAAUACUGAUGCCGACGAUCAGCUCAGGCAAGAGUUAGAAAAACGUCAGCAACACUAUAGAGAAGCCAUUGAUAUACUGUCCCGUUAUCGGGAUAAUUGGUGUCCUACAUCAUCGAUGGCAAGUUUAAGUAUCGACUAA